AUGGACACCAGACGCGCCGACACGCUCGAGGCGCUGUCAGUCUAUCUCGACAGACAACGGUCCCUCCUCAGACGCACACAGGCUGACAUCGAUAGGCUGAACCAGCUCAAGCACGACGCUCUCGCAAACCCCGCCCAUUUCGUCAAAAAUGCCAAACAACAAGUCCAGGCACUUGACCUCAGAAACUCCGAGCUAGACGACUUCACCACAGGCCUCCCAGACACGUUCGAUUGGUCUCCCUUCCACGCCAGUGACCCCACACCUCUCCGCUCAUUCGCGCUUACCACCCGCCUCGCCCACACCCAGCGCAGCAUCCCCUCCUGCAAACAACGCACUCCCCUCUCCGCCCUCCAGCAGCUCGUCAAGGAUGCACGUCGCACCAUCAUCGAGCCCGCCUUUGCCAUAUUCGCCGACGACCCCGAACUGAACCUCAACGCUACCCUUAAUGCUAAUGCGCUCGCGCGCGCUACGAAUACCGCUGCCUCUAAUCAAGCUAAUACAAACACCCACAAGUCCUCCUCUGCACGCACCAAGGCCUCCUCCGGCAAUGGCAAGAACGGAGCCAACGCACAACGCCGCGAGUCCACCGCCGUCAUGCGCAAGCGCGAGCGGGAGCGCGCACGCAUACGCGAGCUCAAGAAACGCAAGGUCGGCGGCCCGGGCUCCGCAGCUACCGCUAUCUCCACCGCCAAGGCAAACUCCGCCGUCUUCGUGCGCCACGAUAUAGGCGACGAGAGCGCCGAGGUCGACAUUAGCAUUGGCGCGGAUAGGCACGGUAGUAGCGCGAUGGACGUCGACCCGCCCGCUGCUGAGCCCCCACCCCGCCGCAAGCUGCCCAUCGUUCGGCUCAUUGUGCGCACGCCGCCCCCAUCCCCGUCGGGGUCGUCCUCCGAGGAAGAAGACGCGUCGGAUGGCUCGUCAAAUUCUGACGUGUCGGAGGAGUCCACGCCGGUGCCCCCGAGCCCGCCGAUCAUCAGGCUCAACCCCAAAGCUAUGACCAUCACGAACGUCUCGCGGUCCAGAUCCAAGACCGCGCACGCGCACGCACAAGCCCGCCAGUCGCCCCCGGCGCGAAAACGCAAACCCUCGCUCAAGCUCCAGUCCGCAUCGCUUAACUUCAUGCUCGACAAAACCUCGUCGCUCCCGCCGACGCCGCUCUCGCUCGCGGAGACGCCCACGCCCUCGCAGGAGUUCUCGUCGCCCAUCGCGCACUCCGCCGCUAGCGAAUACGACGGCAUGGCUGCGUACCCCGCGUGGAACGCUUACGCCACCACCGCUGCCAACGGCACCGUCGAUGGUAAUGGCAACAGUAAUGGUAACGGCAACGCCUCCGCCGCCCUUAAUGGCAAGACCCCGAUCCAGUCCCAAGCGCAGGGACAGGCGCGGCACGAGACGUACAAGGUCAAGUGGACAGACUCGGAGCAGCACCUGCUCGAGCGGCUCAUGGAGGAGAUCCCGGACGGGGAGAAGAACCGCUGGGCGAAGAUAUCGCAGGCGAUGGGCGGGCGGCGGACUGCGCGCCAGGUCGCGAGCCGUGUGCAGAAGUACUUUGAGAAGCUGAAGCUGUAUGGUGUCGGGAUGGGUGCGGGGCAGGAGGGUGCUGGGUGA